ACCAAACACAUUUUUAAGAGCUGAACUGGAUUGCCAAACUUAAUAGUUGGGAAUGUCUCAUCGAGGUUUCUUAUUCCUGGGAGUAGUUGGGACUUCUUCUCUUAUGCUUACCGUCACUUCGGCUCCAUCCUUUUGGCAUCCUUCAAAUCUCCUUCAAGACUCAGCAAACUUGCAUUCUUCAAAUGCCCUUCAAGACUCGUCAAACUUAGUAUACGGUCAUGUAGAGUUAGGGGACCCAUUCAUGAGCGAGCAUUAUCCCGAUACUAUAGGCGCAAAUGACUUUAUGGAUCCAUCCACUUAUCACUUCCUCAACAACAAUCACGGCCUACAGGAUUGGCAGGCUGAAACGGCUAUGGGAUGGAAUUCCGGUCACUACUAUGACGACGAACAUGUCUUCCCGUUAACCACAUCCAUGGAUCAGCGAUGGCACCAUCCUCCACACCUAGAAUCCUACCUGAAUCAGCCAAUCCAAGAUGGCUUGGAAACUCCAGGGGUGAGAGGAACCGGUUUGAUAGAUCAUCAACCUCUAUACCCGGGAAAUCUAUAUAACAACAUCCCAGGUGCUGUUCAGCUGAAAGAGACCUAUACCUGGCCAACUGCAGAUAUUCAAACAAAGGGUGACAUGGGUCAAGUGCACCCUUAUGAUAUGAUGCACACUGGCCAGCCUCUGUUGUGGAGUAUGACAGAGAUUGAACCACCUCUUAAGAUAGGCUCAUUUACAAGGGAGUCAUUUACACCAAUCAAUUGUGGAAUGGCCAGCUACUAG